AUGGCUUCUGCGGUGGCCGAGGCAGAGAAAGGAUCCCCGGUCGUCGUGGGGCUGCUGGUUGUAGGCAACAUCAUUAUCCUGCUGUCAGGCCUGGCCCUGUUUGCCGAGACAGUGUGGGUGACAGCCGACCAGCAUCGCGUGUACCCGCUGAUGGGCGUCUCGGGCAAGGACGACGUCUUCGCUGGCGCCUGGACAGCCAGCUUCUGCGGUUUCUCGUUGUUCGUGGUGGCCAGCUUUGGCGUGGGCGCCGCACUCUGCCGCCGCCGGAUCCUCACGUACCUGGUGCUCAUGCUCAUCAUCUACAUCUUUGAGUGCGCCUCCUGCAUCACAUCCUACACCCAUCGAGACUAUAUGGUGUCCAACCCAUCCCUGAUCACCAAGCAGAUGCUGACCUUCUACAGUGCAAACACAGACCAGGGCCAGGAGCUGACCCGCCUCUGGGACCGCAUCAUGAUCGAGCAAGAGUGCUGCGGCACCUCCGGGCCCAUGGACUGGGUGAACUACACCUCAGCCUUCCGGACGGCCACUCCCGAGGUGGUGUUCCCCUGGCCCCCACUGUGCUGCCGCCAGACUGGCAACUUCGUCCCCCUUGAUGAGGAAGGCUGCAGCUUGGGCCACGUGGACUUCCUGUUCACCAAGGGCUGCUUCGAGCACAUUGGCCACGCCAUCAACAGCUACACGUGGGGCGUCUCGUGGUUCGGGUUUGCCAUCCUGAUGUGGACGCUCCCUGUGAUGCUGAUAGCCAUGUAUUUUUACACCCCACUGUGA